GUUCUUCACAAUUCUUGACAAAAGGAAAAAAGCCAUCAAAAGUUUCCAAAGUGUCAAAGCAACAAAGAUUGUCUAACAAGGUUUCCAAAGUUUUUGAUCACUCCUUUGCAGGUUCCUCUGAGAGGGUAAAGAAGACUUCCAAACGACUUCGACUAUCAGAUGACAAACUAACAUUUGCAGAUUCCUCUGGUAGCUGUUGGCGAUCUCCAUUUGUAGAAUUCCAUCAUUUACCAUUUCCUGUGAACCCGCAGGUUUACAAAGAAUCCAGAAGACAUGACCAGAGUCAUUAUCUUGAUACUGUUAUCAGGGUUAUCAAAGACGAGUACAACAGACGAUCUCAGCUAAAACCACUGCUUUGGGAGAGUACAAUUACGUUGCCUCUUGAAGAUGUUUACACAAGAUUGAGAAUUGUUUCAAGGGGGAAAAGAGACUUUCAAUUAGAAAAUAGUGAGGUGCACAUGUAUGAUGUCUUUAAAAGUGAGGGUGAUGUGAUUGUGCUUGUAGAAGGAAGUCCUGGAAUUGGAAAGACAACAUUCUGCCUCAAAAUAGCCUAUGAUUGGGCUCAUGACCGCAUUCCUAAGGAGUUCAACUUUCCACAAUUUGAAAUUGUCUUAUUGCUGAAAUGCCGGGAUAUUGUUGGAGACCUAUUCGAAGCCAUUACUGAACAACUGUUACCUAAAGAUACUCAUGAAUGCUUCCGCAAAAAACUUAUGGAGUUCAUCAAGGAUUUUCAUUUUCAACCUAAAGUGUUGAUAAUUCUGGAUGGUCUGGAUGAGCUUUCAAAAGAAUCUAAAAGCUACGUGGAUGACUUACUCCUUAAAAAGGUUUUACGAUUUUGCUAUGUCUUGGUUACAACUCGCCAGGAAAGAGGAAUUGCUGUACGACAGAAGGUGAACUUUGACAUGCUUUUACAGAUUGAAGGCUUUACAAGGAAAGAUGCCUUUGAUUAUAUCAGAAAGUAUUUUAACAGUGCUGGUUCUGAGCAUGUAUCCACUGGAAAGAGACUUAUCAUACAAAUCAAAAAAAACUCUUUACUUGAUGCGCUGUGGAACAAUCCUCUAAACCUGUUACUCCUUUGCGUUGUGUUUGAGGACUGCCAGGGAGAACUGCCAUCUUAUCGCACUGAACUUUACCAGAUAAUUGUUUGUUGCAUUCUACGGAGAUAUUGUGCCAAGCAUGAUCUAGAGGCUCCUGUUGAUGACAGAAAUCUAGUGAGGCUCUUUGAAGAUAGUUUGCUAGUGCUUGGAGAGUUAGCCUGGAGAUGCUUGGAAGAAGAUCGAUUUUCUUUUCGUGAAGAGGAGUUGGCAGAAUUUGAAUCUGCAAUUGUAAAUCUAGCAGCCCGGGAACUUGGUCUUGUGUUCAAGGAAGCCAGCUUAAGGAAGAUUAACCCACAACAUGAGUAUUUCUUCUUUCACAAGACAUUUCAAGAGUAUCUGGCUGCAUUUUAUUUAGCUAACAAGCUAUUGAUAAAAGAGGUUGAUUUUUCUGAGUCGCAUUUACACUUUUACGAUGAUAUUACAGAGAGGUACAGACAAGUGUUCAUCUUUAUGUCUGGCAUACUGGGUGAGGAUGCUCGUCUUCUUUUUGAACAGAUUGGCAAGAAGCUAAAGAAACAAAACUGGGACUGGCACCAGUGCGCUGAAAAAGAGGCCACUUUCUUUCUAGAAUGUUUCAAUGAGAGUAGAAAUGAUGAACAAGUGGCAAUAGCUCUUUCCUCCUUUAUUCCGUUUCCACAGACCAUGACCUUUGACUUAUCAUAUGAGGACACACCAACAGAUGUUUUCAUCGUUUUAAAAGCCUGUGAGAGUUUUUCACAGUUGCAACUUCCUGUUCAUCUUGCACUAGAGUGUUCUAGGUGGGAUAUUUAUGCCAACCUAGAUGGUGACGCACUAGCUGACAUCAUAGCAUCCAACACACAGCUACAAACACUUUCCUUUUCUGGUUCCGUUUCAGAAGAGAUUACAGCUCUUUUGUGUAAAGCACUCGCAGUAGACUCUACUUUACAUUCCUUUACACUUGAGACAACUGAAUGGAAAUCUUCCUGUGAAGUUGUUGCUAUCAGUGACAGCAUGGCUGCAAAUAAAACCCUAACAACUGUAACUUUAAAAUUGCCUUAUGAGAUGUUAAAGAUUUGCAUAGCCAUACUUGACAAGGGACUAUCUGCAGAUAUGCCACGUACAUCUCUUGUACUCGAGAUUUUUGGUUCAUGGAGGGAAACUGAAGCAAAAGAUUUCAAAGAGAUUUUAUUGAACAGAUCACUUACGUCUCUGAGCCUUACUCUGUUUGGAGACAUGCAAGAUUCAGUAAUGACUUGUGUUAGUGAGGGACUUGUGGCAAAUCCUUCACUGCAGUCUCUUGCACUGACAUUUUAUGGAAAACUCAGCAACACUAGUGUGGCUUUGUUAAAGGAUGGCUUUCUAGGAAACAGGUCUUUGGAGUCUCUGGAAUUAAAAGUGUUUGGUGAGCUUCCUACAAACUGGGCAAAUAUUUCUAGGACUCUACACUCUGCAAUAAAGUCAACUGCGUCCUUUACAGUGCAUCCAAAUGUUACUGGCAUGGUAGGAACUUCACAGGUGGCUUGCCUUUGCCCAGUUCUGAAUGAAAACCUUUUAGCUUCAAAACUCCACUCAUUGGCUGUCAACAUCUUGGGAGAGUUAGACUGCAGUGGAGCAAAUGAUCUUUGCAAAGGACUGAUAGCCUCAUCAGUUUCUUGUGUCACUUUGAAUUUUAAGGAAAGAGUAACUGAUAAUGUUGCUAACUGUCUUUUUAAGCACUUGAACAAACUCAAAACCAUUUCAAAGUUGACUAUUAGUAUUCAGGGGGACCUGAUGGGGGACAGAAAGAACACUCUUGAAAGGCUAUUAUGCAACCAAACAUAUCUAUUUGCAUUAAAUGUUAGUGACUCAUAUUCAGGCGACAAGAUUUGCAGAGAAGUUGGUUUAUCUGCUGAUGAUUCCUCGUCACUUACACCUGUACUAACCAAAGUUAAGGAUGGCUGUGUAACAAAGCUUAGUGUGAGCGUUAACAACCCUGACAGCAUCAGUGGAGACUGGGGAUCUACUCUCUGUGAGGGUUUGGCAAAAAGUGAGUCUUUAACUACAUUGAGCCUGACAUUAAACGACAUUGCCUCUAUUGAAAACAUAGAUGCUCUGUGGGAUGCUGUGGCAAAAAACAAGUCAUUUACAGCACUGAGCCUUACACUCAACAACUACAAUUGUACGAGUGAACCCAUGACCUGUGGUCUGAGUAAUGGUUUGGCAAAAAACUCAUCAUUAACUACACUGAGCCUUACCUUAAACGACUGCUGGGUAUGGGUGAGAAUGGUGGCCAAUGAUCUGAGUGACGGUUUGGCAAAAAACACAUCACUAACUACACUGAGUCUUACAUUCAACAUCCAGAGUGACUCGAAUAUCGACAAUCAUGUGAUGGAUUAUCUGAGUGAUGGGUUGGCAAAGAACACUUCACUAACUACACUGAGCCUUACAGUCAAUAACUACUGUGACAGUGACUGGGAGGGUGGCAUGAUCUCUGAUCUGAGUGAGGGGUUGACUGAAAACAUGUCAUUAACUACACUGAUCCUUACACUCAACAACUACAGGGCCUUUGAGGGAUGCAUGAUCUCUGGUCUGAGUGACGGGUUGAUGAAAAACAUGUCAAUAACUACACUGAUCCUUACACUCAACAAUUUCAGUGACUUUAAGGGACACAUGAUCUCUGGUAUGAGUAAACGGUUGACAAAAAACAUGUCAUUAACUACACUGAUCCUUACACUCAACAACUACAGUGACUUUAAGGGAAGCAUGAUUUAUGGUCUGAGUGACUGGUUGGCAAAAAACAUGUCAUUAACUACACUGAGCCUUGCAGUCAACAACUACAGUGACUUUAAAGGAUACAUGAUCUAUAAUCCGAGUGACUGGUUGGCAAAAUUCAUAUCAUUAACUACACUGAGCCUUGCAAUCAACAACUACUCUUCCUUUGAUGGAGACCUGACCUAUGGUCUAAUUGAUGGUUUGGCGAAUAUCAAGUCAUUAACCACCCUUAGUCUUACACUCAACAACCACAGUUACAGGCCUAAUUCAUGUGUCUGUGCUCUGAUGAAUGCUUUGGUUAGAAAUACAUCAUUAGUUACCUUGAACUUGACACUCAGUGACUACAAUAACUUCUAUGAAGACUGGAUACAUGAACUGGCCGAUGCUUUGGCAAGAGACACAUCUUUAACGUCAAUUAGCCUGGAAGUAAAUGUCUUCAGUGAAAGAAAUUCAAACUCUGAGAGUUCUUCAGUUUAAAGAGCAGCACAUUAUUUAUUAUUUUUUCAUGAAUGGUGUGAGUAUCAGAAGUACCUUUUAAAUGUUUGAUUAGUCUGUGAUCACAGUUACCAUAUAGAUGACUGUUGGAAACCUGAUCUGGCUUUGGUUUGGUAAAGAGAGCAACAUUAACUACAACUCUGCUAAACUAAACAAACUUUCAGUAUUAAUACAACUAGAAACAAGGGUCUCAUUUUGAAGUUCUCCUGGUUCAAAACAUGCUCGAACUUUAAUGAGAUGAAGAAGGUGGCUGGCUGGAUGUGAUCUGGAAUUUUGGAAAAGGGAUUAGAGUGACAUGAACUUGUUUUAGUUCAAAAGGAGAACCAGCUGCUGUGCAGUGAGUGAAGACUGGUUUAUUGAUCUUGUUGUACACUCUGUGAAGCAGUGACUUUGACCACUCUGGGAUUGAAAGGUAAGAGCAGCAGUAAUGCAGGGACAAUAUUUUGAGGACACUUGGUAGAGUUUACUUGUAAGUGGUUCAUUUCACUUUGAUCAACAGUUAGCUAAUGGAGAGUGUUCAUUCUGUAG